AUGGCAAUGAUGCAUCAUUCGCUUCGAGAGUUGACCUCCACUAAAGGUGCUCCAUCGACCGAGUGACGUGCCAAAAGACGAUCAAGGCAGCAGCCCAUCCUGUAAAGGUCGCGUUCGAUGUACUUCAUCGACCGACUUCCGCUUACCCAGAAGUCGUGUUACGACGUGGUACACCUUGUCCUGACCCAGAAUGACGACGACAACAUCAUCGACGAUGAUCUGGCCCACAUCCUACCCUGGUGCCCAAACCUCGAGUCGGUCUGUCUCACCAGUGUACCCGACGUCAGUGAUCGCACCGUCGUGCUGCUCGCUCGCAGCGCCCUGUAUCUCCGAGAGCUAGACAUCUCCGGAUGUACGCUGGUCACCGACGUCGCGAUCCUGGAGCUCGCCAACGUAGCGACGGAGCUUGAGGUGGUGCGGCUGAACGGGCUUUCUACCCUCACCGACCCCUCCGUAUCGGCGCUGGCACGAUCCCUCACCAACCUCCGAGAGCUCGAGCUGUGCGACCUGCACCUCCUCACACCGCUGUCCAUUCGAGACGUUUGGACAUUCUCGAUGAAGCUACAGCGCCUCAAGCUCGCUAACUGCGUGCAUCUCACCGACAAGGCGUUCCCAUACGUCCCAGACGUGCUGCCUGCUCGCCCCUCCAGUCUCGCAUCACUUGCCUCCUUCCCGCUGGAGGAGCCCCCAUGGACCAACGGUUCCAGACCACCGACGUGGCUCGAAGCCUUGCCUCCUCUCACCUUCUCGUCUGGACACAAACUUGCACAUCUGCGUCUGCUCGACAUAAGCAACUGUCAGCGGCUCACCGACGCAGCGAUCAUCGGGAUUGUCACGUAUGCCCCCAGGAUCCAGCAUCUGAGUCUGUCGGCGUGCGCACGACUCACCGACAUCUCGGCCGAAGCCGUGUCCACCCUCCAACACUUGCAUGUACUCGCGAUCUCGUAUGUAGAAGGACUCACCGACAACGGGGUCGUCAGCAUCGUGCGCAGUUGCGCGAAGCUCAGAUCCGUGGAUGUCAGCUACUCGGCCUGUCUCACAGACCUGGCCAUUCUUGAGCUAGCUACUCUACCUCAACUGCAACGACUGUCUGCAUCUGGACUUCCUCGGCUGACGGACAACGCUCUUCUCUUCCUCGCGGAGCAUGCUGAAUCCCUACAACGCCUGCACUUCUCCCAGUGCAGGCGCAUCACGCUCGACGCAGUCCACGUUCUCUUGCGCAAGCUCAACAAGCUCGAACACUUUAGUGCUUCCGGUGUCCCCGCCCUCAGGCGAGCGGGUGUAGAGCGGUUCUCUGACAAACCCUCCAGGGAUUAUGACUCACAGAAGCAGGGCGUCCACCGCGUCUUCACAGGCGCGAACAUUGCAGCCCUACGCAGGUUUCUCGACAAGGAACAGGCACGGCGUCGACGGGCUGAGCAAGAGAACAUCAUAUUUGUACCCAGAGCUGAUGAUAGUGAGGCAUUAUACUAAGCUUUGUCGUUCCAUGAUGCUAUUCGCUGGAUCACAACAUCUUUUGAGGUGCCGCCUCUCGUCCAGUCGUGCCGACUAGGUAGAAGACCGUCACCGAGGCGUACCAUGCACACGGCCACUUGCCACACAAUUCACAAUGGG